GGUAAAUGUCUCAAAACAAGGAAUUUCCCCUAAAAGCUGAUGCCAUCUGUACCUUCCAGAGCAGCCAGCAACCUCCUUCUCCAAAAAAGCCUCCAGCUGCGGGGUCCCCCGCAUCCCGCCCAACCUAUCAGCCCGAGUGGUGGGAGGAGACAGUGCCAUUCCCCACAGCUGGCCCUGGCAGAUCUCCCUCCAGUACCUCAGUAGUGGCACGUGGAAGCACACCUGCGGUGGCACCUUGAUCAGCCCCAGUCACGUCCUCACAGCUGCUCACUGCAUCAGCAACACCCUGACCUACCGCGUGGGCCUGGGGAAGAACAACCUGGAGGUGGAAGAUGAGGAAGGCUCCGUGUACGUGGAUGUGGAUACCAUCUAUGUCCAUGAGAACUGGAACUCGUUUCUGAUUCGCAACGACAUUGCCCUUAUCAAGCUGGCGGAGUCUGUGGAACUGAGUGACACCAUCCAGGUGGCAUGCCUGCCGGAGGAGGGCUCCUUGCUGCCUCAGGACUACCCCUGCUACGUCACAGGCUGGGGCCGCCUCUGGACCAAUGGCCCCAUUGCCGACGAGCUCCAGCAGGGCCUGCAGCCCAUAGUGGACCACGACACGUGCAGCCAGAGAGAUUGGUGGGGCAGCACGGUGAGGGACACCAUGGUGUGCGCCGGGGGUGACGGCGUCAUCUCAGCCUGCAACGGGGACUCGGGCGGCCCACUGAACUGCCAGGCCGAGAGCAGCAGCAUCUGGGAGGUGCGGGGCAUCGUCAGCUUCGGCUCCGGGCUGAGCUGCAACACCCUCAAGAAGCCCACGGUCUUCACCCGUGUGUCCGCCUACAUCGACUGGAUCAACGAGGUGGGUGUGCUUCCCAGCCCUCCUUCCCACACCCGCCGACCCCUCACCCUCUCUCACUCUUCCCUCACUUGUUCAUUCAUCCAUCCACUCACUCACUCGUUCAAGAAGUGUUGA